GGAAGUGGUGGGAAAAAAAAAAGAAGGGGAAAAAAAGGGGGGGGAAAGGAGGCGGCGGCGGAGGCGGAGGGCGGCUGCGGCCUGGCUCAGAGCUCGGAGAGGCCGGACCCGGAGGGACCCGGAGUCGCUGCCGUCGGCGCCGUUUCCGCUGCUGGUGCUGCUGAGGAGGGCUCGGCCCCGCCACAGAGGCAACAUGAGUGAACAGCAGCUCGACUGUGCCUUGGAUUUGAUGAGGCGUCUUCCUCCCCAGCAGAUCGAGAAAAACCUCAGUGACCUGAUUGAUUUGGUUCCCAGCCUUUGUGAAGACCUCCUGUCCUCCGUGGACCAGCCUCUGAAGAUCGCUCGCGACAAGGUGGUGGGCAAGGACUAUCUCCUCUGCGAUUACAACCGGGAUGGCGAUUCCUACAGGUCACCCUGGAGUAACAAGUACGACCCGCCGUUGGAAGAUGGCGCCAUGCCUUCGGCUCGCCUGCGCAAGCUCGAAGUGGAAGCCAACAACGCCUUUGACCAGUACAGAGACUUGUAUUUCGAAGGGGGUGUUUCCUCGGUUUACCUCUGGGAUCUGGAUCACGGAUUUGCCGGGGUGAUUCUAAUUAAGAAAGCUGGCGAUGGAUCCAAGAAGAUCAAAGGCUGCUGGGACUCCAUCCAUGUGGUAGAAGUCCAGGAGAAGUCCAGCGGCCGCACUGCCCACUACAAGCUGACCUCUACGGUGAUGCUGUGGCUGCAGACAAACAAGACGGGCUCGGGCACCAUGAACCUGGGAGGCAGCCUCACCAGACAGAUGGAAAAAGACGAGACGGUGAGCGAUUCCUCUCCGCAUAUAGCCAAUAUUGGCCGUCUGGUUGAGGACAUGGAGAAUAAAAUCAGAAGUACGCUGAAUGAGAUUUAUUUUGGAAAGACAAAGGACAUUGUCAACGGGCUGAGAUCAAUUGACGCUAUUCCCGACAACCAAAAGUAUAAGCAGUUGCAGAGGGAGCUCUCCCAGGUUCUGACCCAGCGGCAGAUGUACAUUCAGCCAGAUAACUAAACCAGCUCAGGUCUGUGCAGACGUUUGCAGACAAAUCAAAGCAGGAGGCUCUGAAGAACGACCUGGUGGAGGCAUUGAAGAGGAAACAGCAAAGUUAGAAACCAGUAUACCCCCCCCUCCCUUGACGAUGCUAAUAAGACACGCCAUGCACUCAUUAGCCCCCCCCCCUUCUUAGGAAUCUUUUUUUUUUUCCUUCCUGGCCUCCUCCCCGUUAUUUUCAUUUCCCGCGUACGAUAUUCUUCCACUUAUUAAAAAAUAAAUAAAAACCUCCAUUUUAUUUCCCCACCAUCCCAAAUAAAGCUGUACAAACUGUGUUUUUUUUGGGGGGGGGUGGUCUCUAGCAGCUUAAUUUCCACUGUCUUAUCGCCACAGCCUUGCAAAAACGUAUUUUCUUUUUUGAGAAACUUCUGAGAUUUGUGCCCCUUUUUUUCUUCUGGGCCUUAUGUUCGACCUGCAUAUUUCCACCAAUCACGUCUUUUUUUUUUUUUUUUUUUUUGCUUUUUUUUUCUUGGUGCGCCCCGUCUCCCGCUGCUUUCCCCCCCCCAUAUUUUGUUAUAUUGGUGUAAAAAAUGUACAAGAAGCAAAACAAAAAAAAAACCUUUAUUAAAUACCAUGGUUUGUGAACGAAGGAAGAAAACCAUCGUGGAAAAAUGUGUUUGGUGUAUGUUUGGGAGAAAGGUUGAGAAAGGAGGACGGGGGUGUGGGGGACGAGGAGGGGGCAGCUGCCCCCCAAAAAAGAGAUCUGUGAAAAGCUGUCGAGAUUCGCCCCAGUUCUGCUUUCCACCCGAGAGGCUGCGGUGUGCUGCUUUUGACUCGUUCUUGAUUUCUAUGGAAUGCGAAAGACUGGUUAUUAUUAUUUUUUAAAUAUGUAAUGCUUAACUUGGAAUCUACGUCUUCUACUUGAGCCUCCAUACUUAAAAACAGGAAAAAAAAUAAAAUAAAAUCUUGAAAAAAAUGUAAAA